UCUACUCGAACGUCCAAGUUUUGGACGAAACUGUACAGCUUUUCUGAAUGGCUGGACCUACGUUUAUUGUCGUUGCGGUACUCUGUGCCUUCUUCGGCAUGUUACGAGUGGUGGAGUUGUCAGAAUGUCCAGAUGGAUUCUUUGGAAAAGAAUGCAAAACACAAUGCUCAAAAAACUGUGAAAGUAGGGUGUGUGGGCAGGUCUCCGGUAACUGUACAGAUUGUAAAAGAGGAUUUCAUGGAUAUCGAUGCGAGCAGAGAUGUUCAUCUUACUGUGGAGAUAACGGGUGUGAUCAGACGGAGGGUGACUGUAUAGAAUGUCCAGAAGGAUAUUACGAUAAAAAAUGCAAUCUUCCAUGCCCAUCUUCCUGUGGAGGAAGUGUGUGUGAGCGGACAGACGGUGCUUGUGCAGACUGCAAAACAAAGUUUUACGGCUCGAAGUGUAACAGUCGAUGUCCAACUACCUGUGUGAAUAACACGUGUGAGAAAACCAGUGGAGAUUGUUUUGACUGCAAAACAAAGUUUUACGGCUCGAAGUGUAACAGUCGAUGUCCAACUACCUGUGUGAAUAACACGUGUGAGAAAACCAGUGGAGAUUGUUUUGACUGCAAAACAAAGUUUUACGGCUCGAAGUGUAACAGUCGAUGUCCAACUACCUGUGUAAAUAACACGUGUGAGAAAACCAGUGGAGAUUGUUUUGACUGCAAAACAGGCUUUUACGGCCCGAAGUGUAACAGUCGAUGUCCAACUGACUGUGUGAAUAACACGUAUGAGAAAACCAGUGGAGAUUGUUUUGAAUGCAAAACAGGCUUUUACGGCUCGAAGUGUGAAGGUCAAUGUCCAACUACCUGUGUGAAUAACACGUGUGAGAAAACCAGUGGAGAUUGUUUUGACUGCAAAACAAAGUUUUACGGCUCGAAGUGUAACAGUCGAUGUCCAACUACCUGUGUAAAUAACACGUGUGAGAAAACCAGUGGAGAUUGUUUUGACUGCAAAACAGGCUUUUACGGCCCGAAGUGUAACAGUCGAUGUCCAACUGACUGUGUGAAUAACACAUGUGAGAAAACCAGUGGAGAUUGUUUUGGGAAAGAGGUUAAGCAAUUCGAAGGUGAAGGCAGUAAUGUGGCUGUAUACGCUGGAGCAGUUGGUGGUGGUAUUGGUGGUAUUGUCCUCGUCGUUUUUAUAGUGUAUAUUGUCAGAAGAAGAUUGGCCUCAUCUAGAGAGGAUACAUCGGUGCCAUUCAUAAAAUAUGAAAUACAACAUUCUUCAAAUCGGGAAAACAACCGUUCAGGCGAAAUGAACGGACAUACCCUUAUCAACCUUCAAAAUGAAAGUACACCAGGGACAGACAAAAUAAACAACGAGAGACAGAAUGGUUUUUCAGUCGCUAUGCUGAAAAAAAUGACUGCCAAUAACAUGGAAGACGAAGAAAAGGAGUUGAUUUCAGAAUUUAAAACCUUGCAAAAUGGAGCAUGUCACCCUCACACGAUUGGAGAAAAGAAUAAGUCAAAGAACAGAUACAAAACUAUAUAUCCAUAUGAUCAUUCAAGGGUAGUCCUUGACCCCCUCCCUGGCGCAAUUGGUUCGGACUACAUCAACGCUAAUUACAUUGAUAAUGUUGAAGAUAGAAAGGUGUAUGUUGCAGCCCAAGGACCUCUACCAACUACGAACGAUGACUUUUGGAGAAUGAUCUGGAAACUGAACUCGGGAAAGAUAGUGAUGCUUACAAAUUUGGUAGAAAAUAGAAAGGUAAAAUGUGACAAAUACUGGCCUGACGAAGAAGAACCCAUGACAACACAAACAUUUAAUAUAACGCUGAACAGAGAACGAUUCUAUGCGUCCUAUGUUAUCCGAGACAUCACUGUCACCGAUCAUAAGUCUAAGGAUAAGAAAGAAAUACAGCAGUUUCAUUUCACAGCCUGGCCGGACCACGGGACACCGAACUCAUUAGAACUUGUUCUAUUUCAACGUCGCGUGAAGCUUCACAAAACUGCUCUACCAGGACAGAUGGUAAUUCACUGCAGUGCUGGCAUUGGAAGAACAGGAACAUUUAUUGCCUUAGACGCUCUCUUGGAGUUCGGUAAAAAGCACGACCGGAUCGACGUUCAUUUGUUCAUAAAUAAGAUGAGGAAGGACAGGAUGUCCAUGGUUCAAACAGAGGAUCAAUAUGUGGCUCUUCAUGAAAUUCUGGCGGAAGCUUUUGACCUUCCCGAUACACUUACAUCGAAGUCAGUGUUCGUUGCCAAGUACCACGCCCUUCCACCGAUGGAACAACCUGGAAACCAGACCAAGCUCAAUGAUGAGUUCAAAUUGAUGUUGGAUUUUAAGCCAGAUUACAAGUUAGAGCAGGACUUUUGUGCUUCCUUACUUCCCGAAAACGAAACUAAAAAUAGGACAAUGCGAAUAUUAGCAGCUGACAAGUUCAGGGCCUUCCUCACGACGGAUGCGUCUAGCAGCAAUGAAUACAUCAAUGCUAUCAUAACUCAGUCUUACAUUAGCAGACAGGGAUACAUAGUCACCCAGUUUCCUCUCCCGGAAACCAGAGCAGACUUUUGGACCCUAGUGAUGAACUACCAAUGUGAUACUGUAGUCAUAUUAGGGGAAGAAAUCGAUCCCGCACAGGAUUCACAAUGGAUGCCUGUCAACAAAGAAGAUCUAAAUUUCGGUGACAUCACCGUGAAACAAAAUGGAACCCAAACAGAGUUCAAAGGUGUGGAUGUUAGUGAUGUAUCAAUAACGAGAAAGCAUGAACCGACUGACCACACGUCGAGAAUUUUCCGAAUGAAGGAUUGGACAAUGGAAAGACAGGUCCCACCGUCAAAACAAUCCAUCCUUCAUCUUCUGGAGCAGGUGGAAAGCAGGCGUCGGUCUAGUGGCAGUAAACCUGUUGUAGUGACGUGCAAAGAUGGGUCGACACAAUGUGGACUGUUCUGUCUCAUGGCGAACGCUCGGGAUCAGCUCAAAAUAGACGAGGAAGUGGAUGUGCUUCAGGCUGCAAGACAACUUCUAAUAAGGCGGCCGGAGUUUCUAGCCUCUUUUGACCAGUAUCAGUUUUGCUACACCAUCCUCAACGACUACCUGGAGACCAUGGACUGUUAUGUAAAUUGAGGAGGGUUCUCCUGGGGAUAACAUACUCAUCAAUUAUUUAAGAACUGGUUUGGACCAAGAUUUAGGUAGUGGAUCAUUAAGAUUACACAAAGUGAGAACUGUAAAAGGGUGUGGUUCCACUAGCAGCUACUGAUGUUUACAUACUCUGCAUAUACUGACAACUGUUGUAGAGCACGGUUCUACAAGCAGCUAAUGAUGUGUUCAUGUACUGUCAACUGUAGUAGAGUGUGGUUCUUAAUGACAAAUAUUGAGGAGUAUGUGUAUACUUUAGAGUAUGGUUCUACUAGCAGCUACUUUCGUAGAGAAUGACAAUCGUAGUAGAGUAUGGUUCUACUAGCAGUUGCUGAUGUAUACAUGUAGUGAAAACUUUAGUAGAGUAUGGUUCUACUAGCAGCUGCUGAUGUAUACAUGCAGUAAAAACUUUAGUAGAGUAUGGUUCUACUAACAGUUGCUGAUGUAUACAUGUAAUGAAAACUUUAGUAGAGUAUGGUUCUACUAGCAGCUGCUGAUGUAUACAUGUAAUAAAAACGUUAGAGUAUGGUUCUACUAGCAGCUGCUGAUGUAUACAUGUAAUGAAA